GGCUACGUUCAAUCGAAGGUUCUUACUCAGAUGAGUACUGUGAACUCAACGAGGAAUUUUGUUAAUUUGGCUAUGGUACGAAUAGACUUAUCUCCGAUCAGAAUGUGUCAAUAACAUGUCUCUAGUUGAUACCGAAGUUAACCUAGAAGCCGGAGCGGCUGCGGCGAGUCCGAAUUUAACGUAUGCGAGCGAAGACAAAUCUACGGGGGUUGUGAUCAAUGGGGUACACACCGAUAUCGUAAUAAAAAACUACAGGAAUCGUAUGUUCUUGAUUCUUACUCAGUUUGAAAAAUUUGGUUCCAUACUGACUGUGACCAAAGAAGAAGCUGCCAAGAGCGAUGUUUACACAAUAAAUUUUUUGCAGAACCUUAUUGGGCAAGGAUGAUGAUCAAAUACACGCAGCAGCUCGGUACAUUGCUGAGCAAAUAGCUACAGAAAAGCCAUUGCUAAUAUCAAUUUGUUUAAAGGAUUAUGGAGUACAAACUGUGAAACAUAUAGUGGCUGCUAUCAAGAAAAUAUAGUCUUUGAUAGUCUUUGUGAUUCUUCUUGUAAAUUGAAGAAUCUUCAUUCAUCGAUUGCUCAUUUAUAACACAAUGACCUCGAUAUUUGGACAAUUAGUAAUUGGCCCACCUGGUAGUGGGAAAACUACUUUCUGCGAUGCAAUGUCAAAGUUUUUGACGAAACUGGGUAGAACAGUUGCUGUUAUUAACAUUGAUCCAGCGAAUGAAAACAUGAAGUAUGUCCCAUUGGUAGACAUUUCGGAGCUGAUUAAACACGACGAAGUAAUGACUACUUACAGACUAGGACCAAAUGGUGCCUUGAUUUACUGCAUGGAGUUUUUAGAAGCGAAUGUGAAUUGGUUGAUUGAAAAAAUUCUCAAUCUCAAAGGUUACUACUUGAUCAUCGAUUGCCCUGGCCAAGUAGAGCUGUAUACCCAUCACAAAUCAAUUAGUCGCAUAGCAGAGAGAUUGGAACAAAAUCUUGUUAGACUGUGUUGCGUACAGCUAAUUGAUUCACAUCAUUGUAGUGAUCCAGGAAAAUAUUUGUCAUCCUUAAUGCUCUGUACCAGCACAAUGCUACAUCUAGGAUUACCCCACAUUAAUGUUUUGACGAAGAUAGAUGAAAUGAAGAAAUUCAGCGAUCGCUUGACAUUUAAUUUUGAAUUUUAUACGGAAGUUCUUGAUUUACAAUAUCUUCUGGAAAAGCUCAAUGAAGAUCCCUUCACUUCAAAGUAUAAAAAAUUGAAUGCCGCAUUGGUUUCACUGGUUGAAGAUUACAGCUUAGUGAGUUUUAUACCAUUAGAUAUCUCCAAUCAGUCUCUUCUAUUGCAAGUAAAGAAUGCUGUAGAUAAAGCAAACGGUUACAUUUUUGGUGGCAAUGAACCAAAAGACGUUCAAACAUUACUCGCAUGUGCUGUUGGUGCCAUUAGUGAAACUGAAAAAAUGUCUACGAUUGAUAAUUAUCUAUAAGAUUGGUCUCCCGAACGUAUUAACUUACAACCAAUUAGAAUAUAUUUUGGUAUAACAAACUAGUAAUCAGAUAUUCUACUGGAAUGGCUUUUAAGAUAUACGAAUUUUAGAUAUAAACGAUAAUAAAAUUCAUUUAAGUAAAUUCUCAUGUGUUAUUUGCUUAUGAAAUAGUAUCAAAUGUACAAUAAAAUUGAAGAUGUAUCAUUCACUUUUUUAUAUUUGAAUGUAUGGAAUAGUUAAUAAAACCUGUGAAAGGAAUCACCUGAAGAAAUGUUUUAAUUUAUUUUCCGAUUCUGCAGUUUCGUAUAUAAUAAGACUUAUCAACCUACUAGAGAAUGAACGUUUAAAAGUUAGUGCUUGCGUGCAUUCGUAAAAACUUGAAAAGGUAUGGACUAAAUGUUGAUGAGCCAUUAAUUAAUACAUACCAGCUGGAAAAUGGAAAUAUCUUUUAACACAUUGAUCUUGAAUCAACAAAGGGCUGUCAUUACA